AUGGACGAGCUCUACGUCCAGUCGCUGGUGCUGGCGGCCGUGGCGGUGGCCCUGCUGCAGGUGCUGAAGGUGUACCUGAACCCGGUGCGGGAGAGGGCGCCGCCGGGGCCGUGGAAGCUGCCGGUGAUCGGCAGCAUGCACCACCUGCUGAACGUGCUGCCGCACCGCAAGCUGCGGGACCUGGCGGACGCGCACGGCCCGCUCAUGAUGCUGCAGCUCGGCCAGACGCCGCUGCUGGUGGUGUCGUCCAAGGAGACGGCGCGGCUGGUGCUCAAGACCCACGACACCAACUUCGCCACCCGCCCCAAGCUCCUCGCCGGCGAGAUCGUCGGCUACGAGUGGGCCGACAUCCUCUUCUCCCCCUCCGGCGACUACUGGCGCAAGCUCCGCCAGCUCUGCGCCGCCGAGAUCCUCAGCCCCAAGCGCGUGCUCUCCUUCCGCCACAUCAGGGAGGACGAGGUGAUGAUGCGGGUGGAGCAGAUCCGCGUGGCUGGGCCGUCGACGCCGGUGAACCUGAGCGUCAUGUUCCACAGCGUCACCAACAGCAUCGUGGCGCGGGCGGCGUUCGGGAAGAAGCGGAAGAACGCGGCCGAGUUCAUGGCCGCCAUCAAGUCCGGCGUGGGCCUGGCGAGCGGCUUCAACAUCCCCGACCUCUUCCCGACGUGGACCACCAUGCUCGCCACCAUCACCGGCAUGAAGCGCAGCCUCCAGGGCAUCUACACCACGGUGGACGCCAUCCUGGAGGAGAUCAUCGCCGAGAGGAAGGCCGCCCGCGCCGAGAAGAUCAAGAACGGCGCCACCGAGAACGUGGACGAGAACCUGGUGGACGUGCUCAUCGGGCUGCAGGAGAAGGGCGGCUUCGGGUUCCACCUGGACGACAGCAGGAUGAAGGCCAUCAUCCUCGACAUGUUCGCGGGCGGCACGGGCACGUCGGCGUCGGCGAUGGAGUGGGGGAUGUCGGAGCUGAUGCGCAACCCGCGGGUUAUGAAGAAGCUGCAGGCCCAGAUCCGGGAGGCGUUCAAGGGGAAGGCGGCCGUGACGGAGGCCGACCUGCAGGCGAGCAACCUGCAGUACCUGAAGCUGGUGAUCAAGGAGGCGCUCCGGUUGCACCCGCCGGCGCCGCUGCUGGUGCCCCGGGAGAGCAUCGACCAGUGCGACAUGGAAGGGUACACCGUCCCGGCCAAGUCGCGCGUGGUCAUCAACGCGUGGGCCAUCGGGCGGGACCCCAAGUACUGGGAGGCUGCCGAGGAGUUCCGGCCGGAGCGGUUCGAGGACGGCGCCGUGGACUUCACCGGCAGCAGCUACGAGUUCCUCCCGUUCGGCGCCGGGCGCAGGAUGUGCCCGGGCUUCAACUACGGGCUGGCCAGCAUGGAGCUCGCCCUCGUCGGCCUCCUCUACCACUUCGACUGGUCGCUGCCGGAGGGCGUGGCCGAGGUCGACAUGGAGGAGGCCCCCGGCCUCGGCGUGCGCCGCCGCACCCCGCUGAUGCUCCUCGCCACCCCCUUCGUCCCGGCCGCCGUCGCGUAG